GUCUCGACACAACACCGGAAGUUGUGUGUCGCUCUUUUCGGCUUUGGGCAGUGUGAGAACUCUUUCACGUCGCCAUGACCAGCCGAAAGACUCCACAACUAAACCGAAACGAUGGGGACAAAUACUCAGUUUUAUUACCCACUUACAACGAAAGAGAAAACCUGCCUCUGAUAGUAUGGCUACUGGUGAAAUAUUUCGGGGAAAGUGGAUACAACUACGAAAUUAUAGUCAUCGAUGACGGGAGCCCAGAUGGGACAUUGGAAUUGGCAGAGCAGUUGCAAAAAAUUUAUGGGGAGGACAAAAUACUUCUACGACCAAGGGCGAAAAAAUUAGGUCUAGGUACUGCCUACAUCCAUGGCAUGAAGCACGCGACUGGGAACUUCAUCAUUAUUAUGGAUGCAGAUCUUUCUCACCAUCCCAAGUUUAUCCCUGAAUUUAUUAAAAAACAGAAGGAAGGUAAUUACGAUCUUGUGUCUGGUACUCGAUACCGUGGCAAUGGAGGUGUAUACGGUUGGGAUCUGCGCAGGAAACUCAUCAGUCGGGGGGCAAACUUUUUGACUCAAGUGUUGUUGAGACCGGGAGCGUCAGACCUUACAGGUAGCUUCAGACUGUACAAGAAAAAUGUGUUGGAGAGUCUGGUGGAGCGGUGUGUGUCAAAAGGGUACGUCUUUCAGAUGGAGAUGAUUGUCCGAGCCAGACAACUCAACUAUACAAUCGGAGAAGUACCAAUUACCUUUGUGGAUCGACUUUAUGGAGAGUCCAAACUGGGAGGGAAUGAAAUUUUAUCAUUUGCGAAAGGACUACUCACACUCUUCGCCACAACGUGAAUAGCAAUGUGCUCCAUGUCAUCCUGCAAUCUCGUAGCUUUUCUCUCAGCGUUCAUGUCACCGUCUUUGUUCAGAAGUUGUAUCAGAAUAGUAAUGAGGAGAGAAAAAAGCUGCCCUUCCCUGUGGUCUCAUAGCGUCAUGACGGUAGAUGGCAAGGCGAGACGUCUAUCCCCAUUAUCAAUAAAAUGAUGUAAAAUAAUUCUCUCAGAAUCGUGAAGGAUUAUAGUGCUUUAAAUUCCCAUCAUCCUCUUUAAUGACUUGCAGGAUAAGCACAUCGAUCAUUCCCAACGCAGCUGGCUGGACUCUGCUUUAACAAAGAUGUCAAAUGGGUCUCCCUUGUUAUUUGUGUCAAAAUAAAUUGUUUGUAUUGCUUGC